GAUGAUGGAUGCUAUUAAUAAGGUGCAACGUUUGAAACUCAUCAAUGAUGAAGAAAUUGGACAAGAUGUGGAAGGACAAUAUAUGAAUGCGGAGUGUUAUCAAGAUAUGGUUCAUGAACCAAGUCAAGCAAGAACAAAAGGAAGGCCUAAGGGGAAGAGGUUAAAGCCAUCGAGAGAGAUCCGCAAAUGUCGGCCUAGGAAAUGCAAAUUGUGUGGAAAGAGAGGACAAAAUCAUGAUAGCAGAAAUUGCCCUCUAAAGUUGUCAAGUGAUUCAAUGGAACAAGAUAAUAUUGAUGAAGCCACUGAUGAUUUAGAAGAUUCCUGUGAGGAAGAUGAAGUUCUCACUAUUGAGUGAAGUUUGAUCAAGGUUGGCAGAGCAAAUUUAUG